AUGUUUGGAUCUGUUAGAAGAUCUGGAUACACGACGUCUGGUGAUCUGCGGAGACUCACACCUGGGGAGAUCGAUUGUAAGGCACCGGGUCUGACACUGUUACGCCAGCGGGCUUUGGAUCGACUACGUACUUGGCCAGAUCAUGAGCUGUUACAUGCCAAGCGAGAUUGGAACGGGAGUGCUGAUAGCUUAGCAAGCGCUGCGGUGCAGCGACAAUGUGGGAUCGAGGUAGAGUCUGACACGGAGAUCCAGGAUCUCAUAACUUUAAAUCGAUUGGAUGAGAUCCUGAUAGUGAAAGUCGAAGACGAGGUCGCACGGGUAUCAGCAGUGACGACCCGAUUUAAGGCUAGAUCGGGAGUGCGUAUUGGAUCUGAUCCAGACUCCCUACGAGAGGAAGUCGUGAGAGAGCUACGGGUCGAGCGGAUCCGGCAAGCGCAGGACGAGGAGUGGUUUGAAGACAUCCGGGAUCUGACACAUGAAGAGGCUAAGAUGUUUGGAUCCAUCGCCAUCAAUUACGAAGUGGAUCAGUUGGAUCUACUCUUCUAUUGCCCGACAACUAAGGAGACCGCUGCAGAUCGAGAUACGUUGAUGCGACUGGUGGUACCUGAGACGCUUCAACAGGACAUUCUACGUCACUAUCACACGAGUCUACAGGGCGGUCACCAAGGGAUCGGCCGUACCUAUGAUCGGAUCCGUGAUCACUUCCACUGGAGGGGUCUGUAUCGGCGUGUACAACGAUAUGUAGGGGAAUGUGUCGAUUGUGAAACAGGCAAAGGACGACCCCGGAACAAGGGCGAGUCAUCCGGUAACCUUCAGGCAACAUACCCAUUCCAGAUCAUUGCCAUGGAUCACAUACUUUCAUUGCCUAGAUCCUUCAACGGCAACACCGAAUUGCUGAACUUCGUGGAUCUAUUCUCGGGAUACGUGAUCGCCAAAGCUAGUGCCUCCAGAUCCGCUCAAACAAUCGCCGAGACUUGCGAAGAAUGUAUCUUUCGACGAUUUGGCGGGAGCGAGGUGAUCCGACAUGAUCGGGAGCCAGGCUUUAUGUCUGAUUUCUUCAAGUCGUUUAACAGAAUCCUGGGACAACGCCAACGGGCCACUAUGGCGUAUAGACCCAAGCCAAUGGAUCUGCGGAACGUAUGGUCCAGACAACUACCAGGGCUAUCAAAAUGUAUGUGGAAGGUCUGGAUCAACGAGAUUGGGAUGAGUAUGCUGAGCGACUCACCUUCGCCAUCAAUACCGCAAGGGAUCGGAUCCGAGGCGAAACACCUUUCUAUAUGA